AAUGAAAACCCCAGCGAGGGUUGGUGCGUGUGUGAGGUUUUUCCCUGACCCUGGGAUCUCACAGCUAAACCGAGGGAGCCCAGAAGGAAUCCGGAGGAUCUAGCUAGUUGACCUUUCCAUACACUCGGGAGGGAUUUGGUCUCUAAUUCAGAUCAGUUCUGGAGUUAGAAACCCACGAUGUCCACCCUGAAGCUCUCAGGCUAGGAAUCUGCCUUGGGACGCACCACUGCCCCCUUUAAACCUGGCUGCCCCAGCCCAGAAUGGCUUUGUGCCUCAGCCAAGUUUUCAACAAAGACAAAACCUUUCGCCCCCGUAAGAAAUUCGAGCCCGGCACCCAGCGGUUUGAGCUGUACAAGAAAGCCCAGGCCUCUCUCAAAUCUGGGCUGGAUCUGAAGACUGUGGUCCAGUUGCCACCUGGGGAGAAUAUCAAUGACUGGAUAGCGGUGCACGUGGUUGACUUCUUCAACAGGAUAAACCUUAUCUAUGGGACGAUGUCGGAGUUCUGCACCGAGAAGAGCUGCCCCAUCAUGUCCGGUGGGCUCAAAUACGAAUACAGGUGGCAGGAUGAUCACAAGUACAAGAGGCCGACCAAGCUGUCGGCACCCCAGUACAUGUGUAUGCUAAUGGAAUGGAUCGAGAUGCUCAUUAACAAUGAAGACAUCUUUCCUACCAGGAUUGGGGUCCCCUUCCCCAAGAACUUCCAGCAGGUGUGUACCAAGAUCCUCACCCGCCUCUUCCGAGUCUUCGUCCACGUCUACAUCCAUCACUUCGAUAGUAUCAUCAGCAUGGGCGCCGAGGCCCAUGUCAACACCUGCUACAAGCACUUUUACUACUUCAUCAAAGAGUUCAGCCUCAUUGACCACCGGGAGCUGGAGCCUUUGAAAGAAAUGACAGAGAGAAUUUGCCACUGAGCCGAUUUCUGCCGAGAAGUCCGUCUGUCUCCCCCGGAGCCCACUUGCAAUGGGAUGGAAACGCGGAAUGCUGGACAAUCUGACUCCGAGACCUUGCUGUGGAGAUUUGAAAUGCACCGAAAUACGAGUAUGCUUAAGAACCUUAUUGUACCAGGGAACAGUGUUUAUAUUAUCCCAGUCUUUGUUACAUGGAUACUUUAUUUUUAGAAACCAUUGGCCAGAACUGGGAUGGGACAAGUGUGUGUAUGUGCGUGCGCGUGUGUGGGGUUAAAUACACACCCGCAGAUUUCAUGCUCAUCCCCUCGAGCCCUGAUCACCUGCUUCUUUAUUCCCCCUCCAGCCCAUCCCCUACACACCUGGUUUGGCUCUCCUUUAAUUAUGGCACUGAUGGCUGGAGGGUGAAAUCCCUAGCUAAAUGCUCCAGUGAUCACAUCUCCUCACUGAUUGUGGCCCGCUCCGUGUCAGCCAGGCAAAGGGAAGCUGCGGCGUGGGGGCGCGCAUGACGACUAGCACCAAGAGAACUGAUUUCCUCUGUGAUCUCCAAAGGUCAAAUGGAGCUGCUCAUUAUCUGAAUACAGGGCCGGGGGGCUAAUCCCAGUUCUUGUGGAUUCCUUUAGUUCGGCGGUGGACCUUGUGCUUAAUUAAAACUCCUGGGACCCUGUUUGACGUUCCAGUGAAGUCAGUCGUGUUACACCAGGGAUGAAUUUCACCCACGCACAUCCUGGUAUGGUCACUGAGAGCUCUUCCUUCCAAACUUGGAAGGUUGGCUUCAAAGACAACCAUGUAACAGGGCUGGGUGAAGUUCAGCUGACGUGGUUUGCAGCAGGGAGGACGAGGGGGAUUGUGGGAGCCAGAGUCAAUCUGACUAGAGCUGGUCAAAACUGACAGUGGACACAAUUUUUCACUGAACAAUGGCUUCUUCCUCAAAAUGGAAGUUUCCAUGGGAAUGGUUCCCCCACCUCCCCACGCCAGUAUCCAAAAACUGAAACACUUUGGCCAAAUCCCCCCAUAUCUUCAGUUUUCAACUGAGGAUUUUUCAGUUUGUUGGCUCUGUAAUCUAGCAGAGGUGUAACAAGAUCCAACGGCUGGAAGUUGACGCUGGACACGUUCAGACUGCAAAGAAAGGGUAUAUGUUUAACGGUGAGCGUCAUUAGCCAUUGGACCAGCUUACUAAGGGUUGCGGUUGGUUCUACAUCACUGCAAUUCUAAAUCAAGAUCAGACGUCUUCCUAAAAGAUCUGCCCUGGUUCAAACAGGAAUUAUUUCAUGGACGUUCUCUGACCUGUGUUCUACAGGAGGUCAGACUAGCUGAUGACAGUGGUCCCUUCUGACCUUGGAAUCUGCCACUCUAUUUGGGGGGUGGUUUGUUGGGGUUUUUUUUUACAAACCCCCCCCCCCAAAUUUUUUAAAGGAAAAUGGAGAUGAAAACAGGAUUUUUCAUGGGAACAAAAACUGUCCCCACUAGUUCUGGCUCUGUGUUGGGGGUUCAGAAUCAGUGAGUCUGGGGGUUGAGCAGAGCCCCAAAACUGAAGUCAAAACUCACUCAAAACUGCAGAUUUUUUCGUCUGAUUUUGACACCAUGUGAAGCUGCGAGUCCUCCUGUAACAGCACCUAAAGUGAGCCCCAGCUCCCUCCAAACCAGGCCUGGUUUCCCUGGAAAGCUUUUCAAGGAAGGCAUUUCAAGGGCCUGAUGCCGUGAGAUGAGCAUCCCCAGGCCAAUCUGUGAGCACUGAGGGCUGACCCACCUCAUGUUCGGGCUCCAAGUCUUUAUCAAAACUCCAACAACCAGGCAGCUGCAGGUGAUGGCAAGAUGUGCGUGAAGUUUCACACCACUCUUAUCUAGGAGUUUACAAUCUAGUAGCUUCUGGUUUCAGGGCCAAAUUCACUGCAGGGGCAACCACUGAACUCGGCCCUUUGUGGGUAAAGGAUCGUUAAUGUGGUUACCGUUACAAUAAAAGAUUAUACCACCAUCCCCAUCCCUACAUUUCCAGUGCCAUGCAAUUCCCAUGGACUUCCUGUGGCUAAAACCCCAUGCAGCACUUUUAAACAUAGUCAUUACAGUCAUGCAUAUCCCUUCUUCCCCACCAGCUGCUGCCUCCCUACAGGGACCAUUUUUGCAAGGAGCAAUAUUUCCCCUCUUGUCCCUCAGUGAAGAUAACUUCAUCAGUCUGGGCUAUUCUACAUGGGUCUUGGAGCAUCAGGUACAGGUGGCCUUGGUGACAGAUGCAUUCCAAUCAGGCCAGUGUCAUUUUUGCAGGUAUUGUCAUGGUUCCUUCCUUCCUUUGAAAUGCUCUAUGGAGGACUUAGGGCAAAAAUGAAGGAUAAAGGACUUACAGAAAGGAACCAAGCGGUGUGGCACCGAAUGAUGAUUCAUCUACCCGUUACUGCUUCUGGUAGGCUAACAGCAAGCAGCACAUAGGUUUCCCCAUGUUGCGGGGCCGGGGGAAUAUUUCGCCAGAGAAAUAUGGGUUCUGUGUUGUUUCUAAGUCUCUGGGAAUGUUCCUUCAGAGGAAUGUUCUUCGCUUUGGAGACGCACUUUGCAUGACAAGCACCGCAUGUCCCAAUAUAAAGUGAAGGCAGGAAAUCAUAAUGGGAGAAACCAUCAAUAUUUUCAGACAAGCUCUCUCGGCUUUGAAUGCCUCAGACACUGCUACUGGAUGUUGUCUCCUUAUCGGAAUCAAAUCUUGCACCUUGGAGGAUCUUACCAUUUAAACUCUGAUGGGCUGUUAAGAUCACACGUUAGAAAUGCCCCAUAUCAUGCUUGUAAUACCUACUAACUAGUGGUGUGUUACACUGGCCUUCGGGCAAGAGGUGAAGCGAUUUCUUGGGUUUUUUGUUUGUUAUAUAUCAAAUGAUCUGAGCCACAGUAUAGUUAAGUUUGUGUCUUCUGGCCUUUCUCUGUAGAGGUUUUGUACCUUACAUGGCGUCAAUAUUUAUAUCAUGUGCUGUACUGUUUUUUUGCUCAUGAAACUGAAAUGUUAAAGCCAGUAUUCAAACGCACCGGCAGAGUUGUGUGCUCAAAGUACUUAUUUUAUUUUUUAAAUCUUGUAUACCAGAUGUGGAAUUUUUUACAGAGAAACGAGAAAAAAAAAAAAAAGGAGCAAAAAGGGGGGAAAGUGCCACUCCAAUAUUUUAUGCAUCAAAUAACUGAUAAAAUUCCAAAUGUUCUCAUUUUGUUACUGAUUAAAGA